GGGUUCCUCUCGAUGUGGGGAAAUCUAAUUUUUUUUAUGACGUCACGUGUUUGGCCACCCUGUAUAAGCUUAUCCAGCUUUACAAAUUUCGACAACAGCGCUGAGUAAGGAAAAUAUAACCUUACGAGACAAGCCUUCCCCUUUUAUCUGUAACUACGGAGAUUGUCUCGCUUUUGUGGAAAAUCUAAAUAACCAAUAAACUAGAGCACUAAAAUUCCCAAUCAUGUCCCCAAAACGUAUCUCGCUUUUUUCAUCAAAAUCUCAUUACAACUAUUUCUGAGUUACGCGGACAGAAAAUACACCAAAAGAUAAAUAGACGACAUUAGGCCAAAAGACAGACAUACCGAAGGGGUUGUGUGACAUCGAUUUUCGUGUUCUAGACAUCAUGAUAACGUAUUCCAAAACUUUUACUCAAAAAUCAAAAAUUUUCCGAUCACAAUUCUAAUGCUUAUUCCCUCCCUGCUGGCAACCUAUUUUUAACGAUCCAGUUGGUCAUCGACCAGUACCAUUAACGGAUUACAUAGAUAUUAUUUUCAUCUCAUACUGUAUUAAAAAUCGCCGUACUAUAAGUGUAGCAUAUUAAAGGAUAAAAAAUAAGGAAUAAUAUCCAAUUCGAAGAGCAAACAACUUGUGUCACAGUCAGAUAUUGACGCUUGAUGGAACGUAUUUUUCGAAUGAUAAAGUAGCACUUUCUGCUGUUAAUAUACAAAUAACUAUUUGAAUUUAAUCGAACGGAAAUUGAUUCCCAAUCGUACAAAUACACCUGAACUAUAUUUAGGAUUGCCAUUCCAGUUUAUACCGAAAAUCAUUCCAUCUGUUACAGUCAGCGCUACCUAUUUUUGGGAACCUCCACGGUGGCUCACCAGUGAGAGUGUUGACAUGGUGUUGACAGAUUCCUAUGUUCGCAAGACCUUGCACGAUCAAAGUUAAAUCUAUACGUUGGUAGGUGGCAGUACCAAGAUCUUUUUCAAUUUUUGAAUUUUGAAAAUGUUAUUAAACUUCAACCCUUUCAAAAUGUUUGUGAAUAAUUUUGAUUAUCUAUCCUGUGUAUCUAAUAAGCCUAACAAGGUGGAAGGUGGAUGAUAAUCGUAUUUAUUUAUGGAUCAGUUAUUAGUUAUUAUUAGAUCCCCUAAUACUGGCUAUUUUUUUUUUAUAAAAGUAGAUUGUGAACUUACAAGAUAUAGGUAUAUUUUUGUGAUUUUCCUGAUAAUGAGCGAAAUAAAAAAUCUAAUAAAGUUCGCAUAAGGGCGUCAACUGAUAGAGAAGACUGUGUUACAAGUGCCACGACGCAACAUAACCUUCAAAAUUUAAAUAAUUAUCCGAGCCGCACUUUGCCGCACUUCGCACUUGUUGGAUGGGAGUUACAUUUGCAUUGACGAUUGCUGACUGUUCUCUCAUCAUUGACCUCUAGGUGACCUGUCUCUUAUCUUCGAAAAUAACGUAUUUUUUACUGCAUAUUUCCAGUGAUAUUUUGUAUUAUUUACGUGGUGUGACUUCGUGUCACACGAAAAAUUUCCCAUCUUAUCCUGGGAAUCUUUAUACAACCGAAUAUCAAGUUCAAGGCGAAACUACUUCACAAAAAUGUCUCUCAAGCAGUCUGUGAAUAUCCUAAACAACAAAGCAGGGCUUAAUUGUAUUGCACAAAGAGCAAGCUCAUGGUGGUCUGGAGUUCAAAUGGGCCCCCCAGAUGCCAUCCUGGGUGUGACAGAAGCUUUCAAAAGAGAUACAAACCCAAACAAAAUCAAUCUUGGGGUAGGGGCUUAUCGAGAUGAUAAUGGAAAACCAUAUGUACUUCCAUGUGUUCGUAAAGCUGAAGACCAGCUAAGAGCUAAGAAUCUAGAUAAAGAAUACUCUCCAAUCUCAGGCACACCAGAGUUUUGCAAACAUAGUAUUGAACUUGCAUUAUCUGAGAACUCUGAUGUUAUUAAAAAUGGGCUGAAUGCAACUGUCCAAGGCAUCUCAGGAACGGGCUCACUCAGGGUUGGUGCAGCUUUCUUAAAUGGAUUCUUCCCAGGCAACAAGGUUGUUUACCUCCCCACACCUUCUUGGGGUAACCACACUCCCAUUUUCAAACAUGCUGGGCUGGAUGUCAAGUCAUACAAGUAUUAUGAUGCAAAAACUUGUGGAUUAGACUUUCAGGGUGCUUUGGACGAUAUUUCGAAAAUGCCAGAGAAAUCAAUAAUACUUCUACAUGCAUGUGCACACAACCCAACAGGUGUAGAUCCCAAUCAAGAGCAAUGGGCAGAGCUAUCACAGUUAGUGAAAAAAAGGAACUUAUAUGUUUUCUUUGAUAUGGCAUACCAAGGAUUUGCAACCGGAAGUGUGGACAAUGAUGCAUUUGCAGUACGCCAGUUUAUCAAAGAUGGUCAUCAGAUCUGUCUUGCGCAAAGCUACGCCAAAAAUAUGGGUCUAUAUGGAGAACGAGCUGGUGCAUUUACUGUAGUUGGUCCUUCCAAAGAAGAAGCAGAUAGAGUAAUGUCUCAGUUGAAAAUUCUCAUCAGAGCUUUGUAUUCCAACCCGCCAAUUAACGGCGCAAGGAUUGUUACAGAAAUCCUGAGCGAUCCUAAACUCAAAAGUGAUUGGCUACAAGAAGUGAAGGGAAUGGCCGACAGAAUUAUCUCCGUCCGUACCAAACUACGAGACAACCUCAAGAAAGAAGGUUCAUCUCGCAACUGGGAGCAUAUUACAAAUCAGAUUGGUAUGUUCUGUUUCACGGGAAUGAUACCUGAACAGGUCGAAAAAUUAAUUAAGGAACAUAGCGUCUACCUUACCAAAGAUGGUCGUAUUUCGAUGGCUGGUGUCACAUCGAAAAACGUGGAAUACCUUGCACACGCAAUGCAUGAAGUUACCAAGUAAUUCUUCUGCUAAGCCUUAUCAAGUGCCAGCUAUGUAUUUAUAAGCUACGUGUUAUUGGUCAGUAUUGUCCAAAGAAGCUUUAUAUAGAUACGCAUUUAAGAAGCAACUUAAGCAUUUCGCUCUUCAAUUCAAGCUAAAUUCAUAUAUACAGUAUUGUUUAAUAUGGCAUUUUAUAUAUUUUUCUUUUUCACCUUAGCGUUAUUUUUAAGUGAAAC